AUGGAGUGUGUUAUCAAGGAAUCAAUGCGUCUAUAUCCACCCAUACCCAUUAUUGCGCGGGAAAUUAAAGAAGAUUUUAAAUACUACCAGCUGGCUCCGAACUGUGCUGGCCCACGUAAUUGUAUUGAUCAAAAAUUUGCCAUAUACGAAAUGAAGGUAGUUUUAGUUACCAUUUUACGGGCAUAUGAACUGCUACCGUUUGGUCAGCCAAUUGAUCCCGUUUUGGGUAUUGUAUUACGUUCCAGCACUGGUAUGCAAUUGGGCCUAAAAAAAAGAAACCAUGCAUCGACGAAACGUAAACGCGAAGCUGUUAAAAAUCUAAAUGGACCACCAACUGUUCCGAUUUUGGGCUCUGUACUUUUAGCAUAUCAAAUUAAUCCAGAAAAUUUCUUUGACAAAUCUUAUGAAUUUGGCACGAAAUAUGGCCUCGUGCACAAAAUGUGGGCAAUGAAUCGUUUGGUCGUUGCCAGUGCGGAUGCCGAAGUCAAUGAACAGGUGUUGACCAGUUUAACCCACAUCAGUAAACAUCGUUUGUAUGGGGUGUUGCACGGAUGGCUCGGCAAUGGUCUGUUAACCAGUGAUGGUCGCAAAUGGCAUACACGUCGUCGGAUUAUUACACCGACAUUUCAUUUUAAAAUUCUCGAGGAAUUUCUGGAGAUAUUUGAUCAGCAGUCGGAUGUUUUGGUGAAGUGUUUGUCGGAAAAGGCUGAUGGUUGUACAGCAUUCGAUGUUUAUCCCUUUGUGUGUGCCGCCACAUUGGAUAUUAUUGCCGAAACGGCUAUGGGUACUAAGGUGAUGGCCCAAACUGGCGGUACAAAGCAGUAUACAAGAGCUGUUGAAGAAAUGACCCGGAUGAUGGCAUGGCGUUUUCUACGAUUUCAUCUACAUAACGACAUAGUAUUCAGCAUAUUUCAUCCAUUUAAAAAAUUACAAAUGAUGAAAAACUUACGGAUUAUGCAUGAGUUUACGGAUAAGGUAAUCAAAGAACGACGCGAUACAUUGGAGGCUUCAAUGAAAAGUGCAAGCAAAAAGUCCACAGAUGAUCAGGAGAACCAUGAUAUCGGGACCAAAAAACGUAUGGCUCUAUUGGAUGUACUGUUGCAGUCUUCAAUAGAAGGUGAACCACUCAGCAAUGAGGAUAUUCGUGAAGAAGUUGAUACGUUUAUGUUUGAGGGUCAUGAUACAACAGCUACAGCACUUAGCUGUACACUGUAUUUAUUGGCUCGUCAUCCAGAGGUACAGGAAAAACUUUUGGACGAAAUUCAUAAUGUCUUUGGAAAGGACAAUCUCAAACCAUUUUCUCUAAUGUCACUCAACGAAUUGAAAUAUAUGGAAUGUGUCAUAAAGGAAUCUCUGCGUCUGUUUCCGCCGGUGCCAAUUAUUGCACGUGAAAUUAAAGAAGACUUCAGAUAUAAGCACUCCAAACUGGGCGAGGGUGUCAUACCCGCUGGCACAGAACUCGUCAUUGGCAUAUAUAAAAUGUCACGAGAUGCAUUUACAUUUGAAAAUCCCACACAAUUUACGCCUGAACGCCAUAUGAAACCUUUGGGGAAAAGUUUUGAUUAUUUGCCAUUUAGUGCGGGGCCACGGAAUUGUAUUGGUCAAAAAUUUGCCAUGUAUGAAAUGAAAGUAACACUGGCGCACAUUAUUCGCGAAUAUGAGUUAUUACCCCUAGGCGAGGAUAUUAAAGUGUUCUUGGGUAUUGUUUUACGUUCAAAAACCGGUAUGCAACUGGGUCUGAGGAGAAGAACGAAAUGA